AAGCCAUCGGUGGUGUCAUGUGACACAGUGACGUCUACACCCCGGAAGUAAGCAACGACAAUAAACCCAGGUGUAGUAAAUGAUUGAAUUAGCGCCGAUGUAGUUUGACUUUUUUCAGAAUGCUGAAGUGAAGAUAUUCCUGUCUUUGGAUCAUCUACUUGUAUUUGUCGGUAUCAUUUUGCAUUUGCUCUCCAGUCUUCAUCAGCUGUUAAAUAGAGUUAGAAUGGAAGCUCGUUUCACCAGAGGCAAGUCUGCUAUUCUGGAGCGGCCUCUAAGCCGACCUAAAACCGAGGUGAGUGUGAGCGCCUUCGCCCUGCUGUUCUCGGAGGUGGUGCAGUACUGCCAGAGCCGGGUGUACUCUGUGACCGAGCUGCAGGCUCGUCUGUCGGAGCUGGGACAGAGAGUGGGAGCCAGUCUGCUGGACGUGCUGGUGCUGAGGGAGAAGAACGGCAAGAGGGAGACAAAAGUACUGAACAUCCUGCUGUUCAUCAAGGUAUCUGUGUGGAGAGCAUUGUUUGGCAAGGAGGCAGACAAACUGGAGCAGGCCAACGAUGAUGACAAGACGUACUACAUCAUUGAGAAGGAGCCGCUCGUCAACACCUUCAUCUCUGUUCCCAAAGAGAACAGCACCUUGAACUGUGCAGCCUUCACCGGAGGCAUCGUGGAGGCUAUCCUCACCCACAGUGGCUUCCCCGCCAAGGUCACCGUCCACUGGCACAAGGGCACCACGCUAAUGAUCAAGUUCGAUGAGGCAGUGAUCGCAAGAGACAAGGCGCUGGAAGGCAGAUAGAGGAGAGAUGGAAGAGAGUGAAGGUGUGAAGUGACUGAUGACUGUAAGACCACUGGUGGACUGUAAUAUUCAGGAGAACCUAAACUGGAUACAAAAGGAAGAGCAGAAAAAGAAUAAAUAAAGCACUUAUUUUCAUAACUGACCAAUCUGCAGAUAAUUUCAGCUGAUUACUUAGAAUUAAUUUUUAAUUUGGUCUAUAUAAAUAAUAAAAAGACAAUGAAAGUGCCCAUUACAGUUUCCAAGACUCAGGUUAAUGUAUUUAAAUGUGGUCACUCAGUUGAAAGUCUGAUGAGUUUUUGUGUGACAUCAAAGAGAAAAAAAACAGGGUAAAAAAAAACAUCUGAAAAGAAAAACAUGAACAAGUCCUAUUUUCUAUCACUCAACAAAAAUCAGUCUAUCACCUCUGAAGGAGAGUAUAUCCUGUUGAAUGUGUUGAAACUGAAGGUUACUCAGACGUUAUUACUCAAUAUUCAUUCUCCUGUAUUUCAGUGGAAAUUAAGACAUGUCAGGGCAAAUUAAAAUAUAAACAUUACACUUAUAGUCUAUUUAUUUGAAACAUUGAAAUAAGCGUGUGCUUUAAAAAGAAAAACGGCUCUUUGUUUUCUAUUUGUUUUGCACAACGCAUUAGCCUGACAACAGUUUUCAGGCCAAAAAAAAGCUCCAUUUCCACAUGUUACCAUAUUAGUGAGAUUAACUGUGUGGCUGCAUCUGUAUUGACGUAUUCGACUGGUGGAGCAGCUUUACUUGUGUAACAUCUUCAGCCGGCAACUAAAGUGUUAUGUUUAUGCAAAAUAAUGUUUAUACCUUUACAUUGCUAUGAUAUAAUGUAAAUAAAUGCGUUAAAUGAAGAUGCAUGUUUUUGAAUAUAAAUGUUUGUUUCAGUAGAUCUAAAGACAACUGUUAAGAAAUCAUGGAUUUUUCACAAUAUAAGAUGGUUUAACCAAAUUAAAUACCGGUAUUAGGAAAUCAAGGAGGAAAGGUGAGUCAUGUGUGAGGGAGAAGAAACAAACAAAUGUGUGGUUUUGAGUGGAGUAAUUGUGAAGUGAGUUGUAUAAGAUGGCUUAUUUAUGUUCAUUUGCGCUCAAAAAAAGUCCAUAGACUGAAUACAGGAAAUCAUGACACAUUAAAUGGCAACUUUGAGUUUUAUCCUGACUGAGAAUAGAUGGGAAAUAAAGGUAGAAAAUGC